AUGUUCCACUGGCAGGCAACCAUAAUGUGGCCCAAUGACAGCCUCUACCAGGGAGGUGUCUAUUUCCUAAUGAUCCAAUUUCCAUCUGAUUACCUCUUCAAACUACCAAAGACCUCAUUCACCACCCAAAUUUACCAUUUGAACAUUAACAGAAACAAAAACAACUUUCUGGACAUUCUUAUAUCCAAGCAAUUUUCAGCACUGACCAUUUCCAAAGUGUUGUUAUCCAUCUGUUCCAUGUUGCGCAACCCCAACCCCAAUGGUACUUUGAUUCCUGAAAGUGUGAAGAUUUACACAAAGGAUAGGUGGAAAUAUGACAGAAUAACCCAAAUAUAG